AGCUUAUCUAUUUUCAGCUGUUUAUUUUCUAUCCACACCCUCAUACUAUAAAAGCUAAUUCUUGCGGACGCGCAAACAACAGCCAAAAUGGUGAUGCUUCGAUUAGCAGCUGAGCAGUACCGCAAGCUGCCGAUUCUGGUAGACCAGAAGACAUGUAUCGGCAAGACCUACAUCAUCACAGGCGGCAAUUCCGGCCUUGGCCUCGAGACGGCAAAACAUCUCGUCGCCGCAUCAGCCGAGUGUGUCGUGCUGGCUGUGCGGAAUCUCAAGGCGGGAGAAGCAGCCAAGAGUGAAAUCGAGAAGACAACUAGCCGAAAGGGCGUUGUUCAGGUACGACACAUCGACAUGUCGACAUACGCGUCGGUGCAGAGUUUUGCGAAAAGCGUAUCAGAAGAGAUGGACCGGAUCGACGGCCUCAUCUGCAAUGCUGGUAUCAUGAUCGACGCAUGGUCGCAGUUCGAGGGCAUGGAGUCGAGUAUUUUUGUCAACGUGGUCAACACCAUCUUCCUGGGUGUUCUCAUGAUGCCCAAGCUGAAAGAGAGCGCGGCGAAAUUCAACAUCAAGCCUACUCUUGUCUUUAUUGUCAGUGUCCUCGGGUAUACGGUCCAGGCUGAGAUGGACAAGAGCCGUAACGGUGGUGUUUUUGAUGGACUGAAUGACCAAAAGCGGGCGAAUAUGGAUGCAAGAUACGCCCUCACCAAGCUAGUGGAAGAGUGCGCCGUACGUCAAUUCGCAGCGCUCUGCCCCGUCGAGCGCACAGGCGUAGUGAUCACCAUGGUCGCGCCCGGUCUCUGCAGCACAGGACUAGGCCGCGACGCCCGAACCUUCACCAAGAUCAUGCACGAGACAAUCAAGGCGAUGAUGGCGCGAUCUGCCGAAGUGGGCAGCCGAACCUUCCUGCACGGACUGGUCGUCGGUGAAGAAGGUCACGGUAAAUUACUGUCUGGGUGCAAGAUUAAGGAGUUCUGGGUGCCGACGUGGCUUACUGAUCGCGAGGGCCAGAAACUGCAGAAGGAUAUUUGGGAGGAGCUGGUUGAGAUGUUGGAGUCUGUACAGCCUGGUUGUAUCGAGCAGUGCAAGUAGAGAACCUCGUUUUGCGUAAUUAGUUUUAGUUUUUAAGUUGCGGACCGUUAGUU